GGAAGUGAAACAAUGAGACAGAACACACACACAAUGGUUGCAAUGGCUAUGGUUGGUCAAUUGACUCUCUGUGUCCCCUCGCCGUCACCGAGAGUAAAGUCAGCAACUUUCAAUCCAAAAACUUCUCCAACCACCGUUAACUCACGCUCUGAGCUAUCCGCGUUUCGUCCUCAGUUCCGUCUCUUCUCUCGUGUUUCUCCGUCACGUCGCCGUCUUCCCGCUUCCAGCUCAGCAGAUUCGGGAAUAUUCCUCCCUCACCUUGUCGCUUCUAUGGAGCAAGUUGAGGAAACUUACAUUAUGGUUAAACCAGAUGGCAUUCAACGAGGCCUUGUUGGAGAAAUCAUCUCUCGUUUUGAGAAGAAGGGGUUUAAAUUGAUUGGACUUAAGAUGUUCCAGUGUCCAAAAGAAUUGGCUGAGGAACAUUAUAAGGAUCUUAGCUCUAAGUCAUUUUUUCCUAGCUUGAUUGAGUAUAUCACUUCAGGCCCUGUUGUGUGUAUGGCUUGGGAAGGUGUUGGUGUGGUUGCUUCAGCUAGGAAGCUGAUAGGGAAAACAGAUCCUCUUCAAGCUGAACCUGGUACCAUUAGAGGAGAUCUUGCUGUACAAACCGGAAGGAACAUUGUGCAUGGUAGUGAUAGUCCUGAAAACGGAAAGCGUGAGAUUGGUUUGUGGUUCGAAGAAGGAGAGCUAUGCGAGUGGGAUUCAGCUCUAGCUAAAUGGCUAAGGGAGUGAUCCUUGAGAAGACAGAUUCAACACUUUCUUUCUUGUUACUGAGUGCGAAUGAACUUAAUCCUUUGUUUUUUUUGGCGGCAAUGUAAGUGCCACUUAUGGCGUAUUACUUGAAUCUUCUCGUAUCUUUGAUCACACUUGUCAUGUAAUGAAAUGAGUUAACAGAUUCACCCACAUUUGGUUCA